UCCAUGGAACCAGAAAACCUAACAACAGUCUCAGAAUUCCUCCUCCUGGGACUCUCAGAAAAGCCAGAGCAUCAGAGCUUCCUCUUUGGGCUGUUUCUGUCCAUAUAUCUGGUUACUGUCUUUGGAAACCUGCUCAUCAUCCUGGCCAUCAUCUCAGAUUCCCACCUCCACACCCCUAUGUAUUUCUUCCUCUCCAACCUGUCCCUCAUUGACAUCUUCUUCUCUUCCACCACCAUCCCCAAGAUGCUGGUGAACCUCUGGACUCAGUGCCAAGCCAUCCCCUUUGCAGGCUGCCUCGCCCAGAUGUAUGCCUUCCACCUGUUUGGGACCAUGGACAGCUUCCUCCUGGCUGUGAUGGCAAUUGAUCGUUUCAUGGCCAUUGUCCACCCUCUACGCUACUUGGUCAUCAUGAGCACCUGUGUGUGUGGGCUGCUGGUGGGGGGGGCAUGGCUGAUCACCAACCUCCAGUCCCUCGUGCACACCUGCCUCAUGGCUCAACUGACCUUCUGUGCUGGCUCUGAAAUCCCCCACUUCUUCUGUGACCUCAUGCCCCUGCUGAAGCUCUCUUGCUCAGACACCCACACCAACAAGCUGGCGAUCUUUGUUUUCGGCAUCAUCAUGGGCAUCAGCCCCCUCGCAUGCAUCCUCUUCUCAUAUGCGUGCAUUUUCUGGGCAGUCUUCAAGAUCCCUUCUGCUCAGGGCAAGUGGAAAGCCUUCUCCACUUGCAGCUCACAUCUCACCGUGGUGUCACUAUUCUAUGGUACCAUCUUUGCUGUGUACUUGCAGCCCGCAUCUCCUGCCUCCACCCAGAAAGAUAAGGUGGCUGCUCUGAUGUGUGGGGUGGUUAUCCCUAUGCUAAACCCCUUUAUCUACAGCCUAAGAAACAAGAACAUGAAGGAGGCCCUGAGGAAGCUGAUUGGCAAAGUGGCCUCUUCUCAGUCCUAAAGCA